AUUAAAAUUUGUAUGUAUUUGCAUCCGUGUUUGGAAUUUGGAAUUAAACUCAGCAAUUUCUUGAUGUUGCGAAAUAAUUAAUUUUUAUUGAAUUUUUCAAUUAAAAUAUUUGUUGAUGAUUUUUAUCAAUCAAAAGAAAUUGGUUUCUCAUAUGAAAUGAUCAGUUUUAAAAAUGAGUGACGCUGGAGGAUCAGGGAUAUACGAUGCUGAAUAUUCUGAUUCAGAUAAUGAAAGCGAGACUGGUUUAAGUGAGGAGUCAGAUUCUGAUAGCUCGGAUGGUUCAGAUGUUGAAGAAGAAGACAACGACGAUGAAGAAGAAGAAGAAGAUGAGGAUGAUGAAUACAUUACUGAAGAGUCCCAAAUUGUUGAUGUUCCAGCAGCCGCUGGGAUAAGCUCUGAUGAAGGAGGUGAAAAAGAAUCUUGUCCAAUAUGCUUCAAUCGUUUCAUUGGUCAAGAUUUGGGAAUACCAGAGAAUUGUGAGCACAUCUUUUGUCUUGAGUGUAUUAAAGAGUGGUCAAAGAAUAUCAAUACAUGUCCAAUUGAUAGAAAUGAAUUCAAUUAUGUUAAUCUCAAAGCAACACCAAAUGGAAAGGUUUUGAAAAAGAUUAGAGUAAAGGUGCUACCAAAAGAGCCGGAAAAUGCAUUGCAACAAGAAAUAACAUUGUGUGAGGUGUGUCAUCGUGGUGAUAGAGAGGACCGCCUACUUCUUUGCGAUGCUUGUGACCUGGCUUAUCAUUGUGAAUGUCUGGAUCCUCCUUUGUUUCGUGUGCCAGUUGAAGAAUGGUUUUGCCCACCUUGUAGUGGAAUUCUGCAAAAUGGAGCAAUCGCUGGACCUAGUGCACCUCGAUAUCGGAGAGUCAUUCCCAGGACACGAGCAAGUGAAAAUGUACGAACACGAGUUGAAGACAGAAGAACUCGACCUGCCAUUUCUAGAUCUCCAAGUACUGCAAGGAAGAAAACACCUCAGAAGAGAAAGCGUCGUGCAUAUAGGCGUAGCUACAAAAAAGUAGUAACUCUAGCAAGAACAAAAAAGAAUUUAAUGGAUGGAAGCAAAGGAAAAGAUUGUCCCCGCAGUACUGCUGUUAUUGUAACAUAUCGAAGGAGGAGACGCAGAAGGAAGAAGAGAAGAAUUGCAAAAAAAUCUGCAACUGCGAGUAAAUCAAGUGCCCAUUCAGCCCAAAAACGCAUUUCAAAACAUCUGGGUCUAGUUAAACCAUCCAAGGGAGGAUCCAUACCAGAUGUUAAGUCCAAAUCGAAAUCAUCUUCUAAAUCCGUAAUUCCAACUGGUUCCUCCCAUUAUUUAUUUGGAGAUAAAAACCAGCUUAUGGAUUUCAAUGAAAGUUUUCAUGAGGAUGUCCCUGGACCUUCCAGAAGGCAACAAGAGGAAAUAACUCCACAACCCAGUUCGUCAUCUAUAAAUAUCCUAGAUAGUAUCAUGGCUGGUCAAAAAAUACUUCACACCAAAUCAAAUGAUGUCAUUAUUAAAAAGGAUGGAUCCUUGGUGUUGAAGGAUAACAAGACAAAAGAAAAGGGAAUAUUUAAGAAACCAUCUAUGUAUGAUAAAGUAAAGGAAAAAGAAAUAAUUAAAGAACCAAAUACCUCUGAAAGAUUGGAUGAAAAAGAAAAAGGAGCAAUUAAGAAAUCCAAUUUUUAUGAUAAAACAAAUGACCGAAAGAAAGGGAUUAUUAAGAAACCAGAGACCAAUAAUAAAGUAAAAUCUGGUCGUGUGACAUUUGGAGAACCUUCAGAGCUUCAAGUCAGUCUGAAAGCAGAGACACAUUCUGAAAAGAAACCUUCUCCAAUGCUUUUGGCAGCACUUGCUCGGAGAAGAGGAAAUGAAAUGUCUAAUCAAUCUGCCUUGGAUUGUAAAAGUAAAAGCCCCUCUUCUGUAGAAAGAAUUGCAGCUUCAGCAGACAGUCAUCAAUAUUCAUUUUUUAACCAAUCUGAUCAAAAUAUGAAUGUUCAGACUGAUGGUGGCCAUCGAAUUUCCUCAAAAGCAUCAUCAUUUGAUUUGAAAACUGAAAUGAAUGAAAGUUCUUCCUCAUUUGAAACAUCAAAAAAAUCUGCUUAUUUUCACAAAGCUUCAUCUAGGGAGCCUGGAAAAAGUGGUCCAAUAAAAAAUAAUUUCCAAAAUUUCGGGCAAUUCAGUCCAAAUUCAGAUUAUCAGUCUCUGCCUUUCUCCACGCUGGAUACACCUUCUAUUAAGAAUGAAAUCGAUAAUAAAAGAUCACUUUUUAAAAGUGAAAAUUGCAAAAAAAGUCUUGAUAAGUCUUGUCUGUCUGCUAAGCAAGAAUUGAAUACCAAUAGAUUCCAUAGUGUGUCUCAUAGCACUUCAUCUGAAGGCAGCAAAUCUACUAGACAAUCGCAUAUUAAAAAUGGAAACAUUUCUUCAAACGAUCAUGUGAAAAAAACUGGAAUUCAGAAAUGUAUUAAAAAAGAAAAAACAAUUGAUUUACUUUCUGAGGAAUCAGUUGUAGCAAAUAAUAAUUCAAGUGUGACCAGGGUUAUGUCCCCUGAUACUGAAACUGAUUAUGAAGUGGAGGAUACAAUGGAUUUCCUUCCAUCUCAAAGUUUGAUUCCAGAUAAUUCUGAUGAAUUAUUAAGUUCACUUAAUAAGGCUAAGCAAUCACUUUUAUAUAUAAAAAAGGAACCUGUUUCAUUUACUGAAAAGUCAGAUUCAGAAUGUUCCCAAAGUUCAGUUGAACCUUUACAUAAACAGCUUCAGGACAAUUCUCAGUUAUCUCAUAGAUCUUUGAAUGGCAAAACUAGAGAUUUAAAACUAAAAAUAAAGAAAGAACUUGAAUCAUCUGAUGAUGACACAUGCCAAUUCCCAAAUAUAGAGAAAAGUCAUGCUUUUAUUGAAUCUCAUAGAGAAACAAUAAAUGAAAUCAUGAAUGAUGAUGAUACUACUACUAGUUUUGAAGAUUCUCAGAGUAUAAUUACACAAACUGUGGCUGAAACAACAAAAACUUCAAAUACAAAUAGGAUAAAGCCUAAAGUUGAAGUUAAUUCCUCUGAUGAGGAAUCAGACAUUUGUCUUGUUUCAAGCUCUUAUUCACAAUUAAAAUCCAUGAAUAACUUAAAUAAUAAAAAGUAUGCAACUGAAGACGUAUUUAAAAGAAAGAUUAAAGAGGAACAUCCUUCUUCUGAAGAUGAAGGUGGUGAAUCUUGCAGUCUUUUAACUGAUAACUUGCCUUUUAUACCAUUGACUGAGAGAAAUGACUUAUUUAACUCUCACCAAACAAACUCAUUUAGUUGUGGAGUAGCAAUAAAUUCCUCAUUGAAUGAACAAACAAAUGACUUACCAUGCACUCAAUUGGCAAAAACUUCUUGUGACCAAAAAGACAAGUCAUUAUUUACACAUUCCACCAAAUUCCCUCUUAAUGCACAAGAUGAUGUAUGUAAAAUCUCGGAUGAACUGGAGAAUGAUUUACCACCUACUCAGUUUGCUGUACCUGCAUCAGUUAAUUAUAAGAAAGAAGAGGAUGUUUUACCUAGCACGCAACCAUCUAGUCCUUUAUCGAGCAUGCAAAUGGAUGAUUUACCAUGCACACAGUUGGUUGUACCUGCAUUAAUAAAAGAAAUGUUUAAACGAGAAGAUGCCUUGCCAUCCACACGACCAUCUAGCCCAGUGUCCCAAAUGCAAAUAGCCAACUUGGCAAGUACUCAACUAAUGGGUACCUUAUCUAAAAAGACUAUUUUUGAUGAAGAGGAUGAAUUGCCUUGCACACAAUUAGUCAGGCCUGUUUCUAACAUGGAAAUAGAGGAUUUGCCAUGUACACAACUGGCCAUGCCUCUACCUAACAAACAGAUAGAUGGUUUACCAGAUACACAAUUUAUCAAACCUGCACUAGUAAAAUAUAAUUCUAAGAAAGAAGAUAAUGCCUUGCCAGCUACACAACCAUCAAGCUCACUGCCACAAACAGAUGAUUUACCAUGUACUCAGUUAGUGGAGGCAAUAUCAAGUAAAUCUGUUUUUAAUGAAGAGGAUUCAAUUCCGUGUACACAAUUGGCUAGGUCACUUUCUAGUGUGGAUAUAGAAGAUUUGCCAUGUACACAGUUGGCUAAACCUUUGUCUAACAUGGAUAUGGAGGAUUUGCCAUGUACACAACUGGCUAGACCUUCUUCUAUUAUAGAUAUGGAGGAUUUGCCAUGUACACAGUUGGCUAAACCUUUGUCUAACAUGGAUAUGGAGGAUUUGCCAUGUACACAGUUGGCUAAACCUUUGUCUAACAAGGAUAUGGAGGAUUUGCCAUGUACACAGUUGGCUAAACCUUUGUCUAACAUGGAUAUGGAGGAUUUGCCAUGUACACAGUUGGCUAAACCUUUGUCUAACAUGGAUAUGGAGGAUUUGCCAUGUACACAGUUGGCUAAACCUUUGUCUAACAUGGAUAUGGAGGAUUUGCCUUCUACACAACUGGCUAGACCUUCUUCUAUUAUAGAUAUGGAGGAUUUGCCAUCUACACAGUUUGUUGUGCCUGCACCAGUGAAAUAUUUUUCAAAGAAAAAGGAUGCAUUACCAACGAUGCAACCACCUAACUCAUUGCCACAAAUGCAGACAGAUGAUUUACCAAAGACCCAAUUAGUCAAAUCAUUAUCAAAAACUGAGGUUUCUAAUGAAGAAGACACAUUACCAUGCACACAAUUGGCUAGGCCUCUUUCUAGUAUGGAUAUGGAGGAUUUGCCAUGUACACAACUGGCUAAACCUUUGUCUGACAUGGAUAUGGAGGAUUUGCCUUGUACACAACUGGCCAAGCCUCUAUCCAACAUGCAAGUGGAUGAUUUACCUUGUACACAGUUUGCUGUGCCAGUACCAAUAAAAUAUCUUCCUAAGAAAAAGGAUGUGUUAUUGACUGCACAAUCACCAAACUCAUUGUCACAAAUGCAGACAAAUGAUGUACGAAAGACUCAAGUAGUCAAAACAUCUCUUUCUGAUGAAGAAGACACACUACCAUGCACACAGUUGGCUCGGCCUUUUUCUAGUAUGGAUAUGGAGGAUAUGUCAUCUUCACAGCUGGCCAAACCUUUAUCUGGGAUGCAGAUGGAUGAUUUGCCAAGUACACAAUUUGUUGCACCUGCAUCAGUAAAGCGUGCAGCUAAAAAAGAUGAGGAUGCAUUACCAGCUGCACAACCAUCCAGCCCUUUGUAUAAUAUGGAGAUGGAUGAUUUACCAUGCACUCAGUUAGUGAAAUCUUCUUCAGUAAAAUCUCUUUCUGACAAAGGAGAUGAUGAUACAUUACCAUGUACACAACGUUCUAACCCUGUGUCUAACUUGCACUUAGACGAGUCAACAAAUCCUUGCCUUAACCAAAAUACCAAUGUACAAUCAAAAGAACUACCAACUUGCAAUGCUAAUGAUGAUGAUUUUGAUUUACCAGAAACACAGCCAUUGAUUUCUGAUCAACAGCAUUCAAAAUUAGAAAAACUUCUAGAGAAUUCUAGUGAUGAGCUGAUUACUGAUGAGGAAUUGCUUUCCGAUAUUAAGAAGUUAGAAAUUAAAAAACCUAUUCCCAGAAAAAUUGUAGGUAUUCACAAAAAUUUACCUCAAGUUCUGAUGCCUAUUCCAUCCAGAAGGAAUCCUGUCCCCAAACCAUCCAAUCGAAGAACUUUUUCAUUUGAUCAAGUUAAGCAACAAUAUGAUACUACGGAUGAGAAAAAUGCAUUACACGAAAACAUUUCACAUGAAGCAAAAUUAGUUGUCACAAAGAUAGGAGAUCUGUCAACUAUACAAACAUUCUCAUCAGCUCUUAAAGAAAAGCAACAAGUAUCAUCCAAAUGUAAAACUGAAAAUCCAAAUAGUUUAAAAGAUGAAAUAUAUUCUGCUCCUAAUUGUGAUUUCAAAAUUAAAACUGAUAAAAAUAAUGUUCCUCCUGAUAGUGAAAUUGAAAUUAUAAAUGAUGACGAAACAGGGACAAAAAGCAUUGAGGAAGUUGUACUUAGUUCAGAUGAGGAGGAUCUUCCUGCUACUCAGUUUAUUGUUAGAGCCUCUAAUCAAUGCUCAAGGUUGCCAAAUCAAGGGAAACUUGAAAAUGUUUGCAUUUCAGUUAAAAGAGAACAUAAUACCUCUGAUAUUUUGCCUGAAACUCAAAAGUGCACUGGAAACAACAAGUCUGCUGAUGUUGUUGAUAUAAGUGAAGAUUGUUUUGAGAAGUUGGUAGUGAAAAAGGAAAUUAUUUCAGGUGACCCUGAGAUAGAGAUUGUUAAAACUUUAAAUUCAGUGUCUGUGAAGCAAGAAAAAUGUGAAGAAGAUAUUUUAAGGGAGGUCAAAAUUAAACCAUUGCAGCAACUUAAUGGCAAAGUUUUAACUUCAGUGUCUGUGAAGCAAGAAAAUUGUGAAGAGGAUACUUUAAGGGAGGUCAAAAUAGAACCAUUGCAGCAACUUAAAACUGAAGAACAAGUUGGUAGAUUGAUAAAAAGUAAAAAUGAAUCUCUUGAUUUGGAAGAUAGUACUAAUGUAAGAAACAUUCAAUAUGCAGAUAAAUGCAAAAAUCAGAAAAUGUCAAAUGGUGAAGACAUUUACAAUGACAGUAUCAAUAAAUGUGCUUUAGGUCUUGAAAAACAUGUUAGAGAACAUAAAAUUAUUAUUAAUGAUCAUAACAGGAAAAAAGCAAAAGGUCAUUCUAAUUCCUCUGAAGACAAACUGAAAAUCGAAAAUGGGAAGAAAAAUAAACCUGAAAGGAAUCCUGAAAUAGGGACUCAUUCGGAUGUUGAAAAUAAGGUUGAAACCAAAACUAGCAGCAGAUCAUUAUCUAAAACUAAUGGUAAUUCUAAAAUAAAAGUAAAUACUGAAAAUGUAAAUCAGUUAAAACUAAUUAAUAAAGAUAAAAAAUCUAAAACUGAGCAUAUCAGUCCUAGUCAAACUCAUGCUAAAAUUGAGCCUAUUAAAAACCAUAAACUUGUGACUGAAAAAAGUAAGUCUUCCUCAAAAGAAAAAAAUUAUUAUGAAGAUAGCAAAAAACGGAAGUUAAGCAAUUUAGAUAAUUCUGAGAAAGUGCAAAACCAUAAAAAACUUAAAGGGGAUAGUCUUACUAUAAAAAAAGAGCCUCUCUCAGAUAAAAAUGGAAAAUCUAGUCUUAAGAAAAAUUUUGAUGUUAGGAAAGAUGCUCAUGAAUUAAAAAAUAAUAUUAAAAUGGAGGAUAGUAGAAGAGAAUCAUCUGAAAAGACUAUAAAAACUGAUAAAAUAUCUAACUCAGGGAAAGUCAAAGAAGCUGUUGUAGGCUAUGAUAGCAAAAAUAGAAAGGAUGAUAAAUAUGCAAAGAUCCACAACAAAAAAUUUGAAAGCAAAAGUUCUAAUAAAUCAUCUUCAGAAAUGAAUUUAAAAAUAAAAGAAUCUGAUGCACAUGAUAAAAAAGGGAAUAUUAAACAUGUAAAUUCUGACAACAAAUGUAAAGGAUAUGGAAAUAUUCCAUUUAGUGAAAAAGAAAGGCCGAAUGGUAAGAUUAAAGCUGAAUCGGAUUCUAUUCAGAAAGUAAAGAAUCAGCUUAAAGAUUCAAAAACCAAUUUCAAAAAUGAAUCAGCCAAGACAAACCUUGUGCUAAAAAGAUCAGCUUCGAAUGAAGGUGAAAGAAACACCAAGAGACCUCAUCGUGAGAGUCUUUCUUGCAGCGAAGAUACUAGUGAUUGUCACAGUGAUUAUUCUAGAAGCUCUGUAAUUUCAUCAGAAUCGAAUUUCCGAAAAAAGUACAAACACCAAAGAAAUGCUUUAAAUGUUCUAAAUGAGGUAGCUGAUGAAAUAAUCAGUUCCUCUAAAGACUGUAAGACUGAUAUCUUGAAUCAAAAUGAAGAUGUGACUUUUGAGGUGAUGAAAAGAAAUAAAAAUCCUUCUGCAGUUGGAAGAAAAGUUGACAAAGCUCAUUUAAAGGAUGAAAUAGCAGCAGAAGUAAAAAUUGCACUGAAGCCUUUUUAUUCAGUGGGGCUGAUUGAUAAGGAUGAUUACAAAGAUAUUAUGCGAAAAGCUGUGCCAAAAAUCUACUUGAAUUGUGGUAAUUAUGUGAUUCCAGAAAAAAUCAGGAACUUGGUGUCUAGCUAUGUUAAAAAAUUGACAAACUCUUGACAUUCAUCAAAUGGAAACUUGUAAAAAUUGUGCCGUCCUUAUUCCACCCACCUCCGUUCGCCAAUUUAUUGUACAGAUUUUUUUGUAAAUUUGUAUAUUGCAAUGUAUUAAAGUUUCUAUAUAACAUGUUA